AUGUCGGCGUGCGUGUCCUCCUUCACGGAGGGCGAGCUCCUCGUCUCACGCCAGCGCCACCGACUCCGCGCGCGCCCGGCCCCGCCUGAAGACGCAAGCAGCGUGCCCUCCACUGCAACUGCGAGGAACGAUCAACGGGGGCGCAUUUGUAGAUUGGACGCGUUCAAGAGGCUGAAGCAGAUCGGUGAGGGGGCGUUCGGAACCGUCUCGAAGGCACGCGACCGUUGCACCGGUGAGGUGGUCGCCAUCAAGUCCGCGCGCGACGGCAGCAGCGAGGCGGCGGCGGCGCUGCUGCGGGAGGCCGCACUGCUCGCAGCUUGCGCCGGCAAUCCUGCGGUAGUGGCGCUUCGGAAGGUGGCCCGGUCGAAGUCGGGCGGCCUGCACCUGGUGAUGGAGUACGUCGGCCCGAGCCUGCACGACAUCAUCAGCGCGCGCCGCCGCCAUGACCUCCGGUUCACCGAGUCGGAGGCGCGCCGCGUGAUGGCGCAGCUGCUGGUCGGCGUGGGGUCGAUGCACGCCCACGGCAUCGUCCACCGCGACCUCAAGCCCGGCAACGUGCUCGUCAGGGAGCACGACCGCCGGCUCAAGAUCUGCGACCUCGGCCUCGCCAGGUCCGCCGCCGCUGGACGCACAGCUUGA